AUGUCAGCCACGACCCUUGCAGCUUCAAGUCUCCAGAAAUGCUCAGCGGACGUCAGCACCCAUUUUCGCAUUGCCGUUUCGGCCACCGGCAGCCCCGUCCUGCUCCCGGCUGGCACCCGGCAAACGGUGACGUACUCAUGGAGCCCGGCCUCGCUGGUCUCGAUGAUCCACAACGCGUCGCUGGUGUCGCUUGCUGGUUCGGUCGAGAUUCCGGUCGAGCAUGAUGCGUUCCAGCCGGCGACGUUCAGCCAAAGCGAGCUCAGCCAAGAUGGAUGGGUGACGUUUGUCGUGCCCUCGUCGCUCCCAUCUACCGUGAGCCCCGGCUCAAACUUCCAUCUGCGUUUCAGCGUAACCGCAUUCGGAUUUGACUGUUAUAUCGAUGCGAAUCAAGACUUCUCCAUCGUUGGCGCAACUACUCCUGGCUCCCAAGGCUCCAGCCCGAACUCGUGCUAUGCUGGCACCGUCGCCUGCGAUCCAGAUGGCUCUCACUUCCGGUUCUGCCUCGGAACUGACACCGGCAUGGGCGGCUGGAGCAGCUCGAUUCAAUGCCCUGGACAAAACAGCUGCACCCCUGGCUCCAUCACCAACAUGUUCUCGAACGACAACUCGUGCUUCCUGUCGACCCUGACCUGCGUGCCUGGCGAUUUCAUGUGCUCCGGGUCCGCGGUCUACUACCAGUGCCUGGUCGAUGCGAACGGAGCGCUUUCCAUCGGCGCUGCCCAGCAGUGCCCUUCGGGAACGAUGUGCGCUCCGGGCUCAUCAGCAUCAAGCGCAACGCCAUGUCAGAAGCCGGGCGGAAGUGGCCAAGGUGCCGGUGCUCCGUCGCCCUCACCUUCGCCCUCGCCCUCUCCAUCGCCCUCUCCCUCUCCCUCACAAAGCCAAUGUCAGAUUCCCCAGAUUCAGUGUCUCAGCUCCAGCACGUACGUUUCAUGCACCCAAGACGCCCUCGGGAAUGCUAUCUGGGGUGCUCAACAGCAGUGCGGCUCGCGCUCGUUUUGCUACCCUGGCUCGGCCGGCUCGUCGCCCUGCAUUCCGUACAGCACGGGGAUCCCGCAGAGCGGACCUGUUCCUGGCGGGCCCGGAUGUCAGCAAAACCAGUUCCUAUGCGACAGCACCGGCAACGGCUACUACUCCUGCAUGCUAUCUUCAAACGGUCGCAACCUUUGGAGCACCAGCCAGUCGAUGUGCUCGGCGGGCACUCGCUGCCCCAAUCCGUCACGAAUUGUCUUUGCUGUUGGUGACCCGUGCUUCUAG